CUAUUCUUAAUACCAUAUCUAGAGGAGAAGGGCAGAGGGUUGACUUCAUAACAGUCAGAGAUCACAUAAACAUGUUAGUUUUAGAUAUUUUAAAAUCAGAUUAUUUUGUUUGGAUAUUAGUAAGUUUGGAAUAUUUUUUGGGAUUCAAUUUUAUUGAAAUUUAGUGCCUUUACUUUAGACCUGGCAACAUUCUUUGAAAACGCAUUUUUGUCUCUUUCACGGAUAUUGUUUGUGCAAUUUUUUCCUCAAGUCGGUGCCUUGACGUGACACAUUUCAAAGUUGCUGGAAGCAAUGAGUUCCCUGGUUAUAAACGCAUCGGGAGAUUGUAAAAAUGCAGGCUUUGACCUCAUUCAAGACCGCAUUGAGACCCUCAGCAGCAAGAUGGACAAGCUCAUCCACAUUCAGGAAAAGGUCCUCAGCCGACUGGAUGGAAUGUCUCAGGAAAUUGAUGAUAUCGAACAAGAUAUGGAGCAUUUGAUGGUCGAUAAAGAGGAGAUCCAUCUCCCACCAAAGAUGAUGAAUCAGACCCAGGUAGUAGGCCGUGAGGUGAGGGAGAUCUGCCAUGAGAUGAGCACCAUAAUGUCGGUGGUGAACCGGAGGUCGGAACAGCAGGCUCAGAAGCUGGAGGGAAUGGAGAAACUGGUCCUCAGCAUGCAGCAGGUGAUCAGCUUCAUUGGGGAGACCGUGAAGAGCUCAAAAGUAAUCGAAAGGAUGUUCAAAGGCCAAGCAGCUCGGAAGGCUAAAUCUAAAGACAAUAAAGGAAAACAAACAAUCAAGAAGCUUGAAAAGAAAUCUACCUCUAGCAAAGCCAGUAAAGGAAAACAGGAGAUUAUUCCUGCAUGUGAGCCCAGUCCUCUGCAGCCAUCUCACAAGACAAAGCUCCAAGGACCAAAGCAUUUCUUCGCAUCGCAUAAAUGUGGAAACUCUCUGAAAGAUCACAAAGGCAAAGACGUGACUGAUAAGUGUGGUGUAAGCCAGAAGAACAUGAAAACCCAAAAGAAAACGAAGCCUCCAGAUGCAGCAGAUAUUUCCCUGAAGAAGCAAGUUUUGCUUCUUGAAGAGCUGCAGAAACUAAACAGAGAGAACACAGAAAAAUCUGGUCCUCAGCUCAUCCCUGUGGUUCUCGAGGCCGGAGUCCCCCCUAAAGCUCCACAACCCGAGGAACCUGUGUCUAAUCUUCCAGAUUUUUUGAGCGAAGAUACCAAAAUUACCGAGGCUGAGAAACCUGGAGAGGAGCAGUUUGGAGACGAGGAAGCUGCAGAGAAAGCUAAAGAAGCGGAGCCUGAUGUGGAGGGUGCAGUGCUGACAAAAGAAGUCCCAGAGGAAACACAGACAGAGAUUGUUUUUGCAGCUGAAGAAGCAGAAGAUGAAGAUAAAAAAGAAGUGAUUACUACCAGUGAAGAGCAGAAAAAUGCUAUAGCAUGUGUGGAAACACAGCAAGAGGCAACGGAGGAAGAGGAGCAGAAGAAAGACAUCAAUGAGGAAGAUGAACAGAGACCACAUUGUGCAGACUGGGCCGUCUUCAAGGCGGAUGGAAUUGAAAUUCAGAUGAAUCUGAGAGAAAAAGUGGAGAUUGAACGACAGGAAUACAGCGAUGAUCUAAAAAAGGAAGAAGAUGAAGUUGAUGAUGAUGCUGAACGGUUCUUUAUUGACACAACUCCUCCUCCAGCAGCCCCUUUUAAUCACCGCAUCGUGUCGGCCAAGCCCAACCAGAUCAGGAACUUUUACACCAUUAAUUGGCAGGAGGUUCUUGGCGGGGGGCGUUUUGGCCAGGUGCACAAAUGUGUGGAAAACUCUUCAGGUCUAACUUUAGCAGCGAAGAUCAUCAAAGCCAGGAAUCAGAAAGAAAAGGACAUGGUGAAGAAUGAGAUCCAGGUGAUGAAUAAUCUGGACCAUGCCAACCUGAUCCAACUCUAUGCAGCCUAUGAGUCAAGAAAUGACAUCAUCCUUGUACUUGAAUAUGUUGGUGGAGGGGAGCUGUUUGACAGGAUUAUUGAUGAAAACUACAAGUUGAUGGAGCUGGAUGCUGUGGUGUUUAUCAAGCAGAUCUGCGAGGGCCUUCAGUACAUGCACAAGAUGUCGGUGCUGCACCUGGACUUAAAGCCAGAAAAUAUUCUGUGUGUGAACAGAAUCACCAACAGGAUUAAGAUCAUUGACUUUGGUCUCGCCCGGAUAUACAAACCAAGAGAGAAACUAAAGGUGAAUUUUGGAACUCCGGAGUUCCUCGCUCCAGAGAUCGUCAAUUAUGACUUCGUGUCAUUUAACACAGACAUGUGGAGUCUCGGCGUCAUCACCUACAUGCUCCUGAGCGGCCUGUGUCCUUUCCUCGGUGAUGACGACAACGAGACUCUGAACAACAUUUUGGCCUGUCAGUGGAACUUUGAAGAGCAAGAGUUUAUAGAUACAUCGGAAGAAGCCAAAGAUUUUAUACGCAGACUCCUCGUUGUAAAUAGAAGUUGGAGGAUGGGGGCGUGCGAGGCGAUGAGGCAUCCUUGGCUUUCAGACCCUGUUCUUCAUCAUCGUCUUCACACGAAGAAAACUAUGUGCAGAUCACGCCGAUCAUCGUGCGUGCCUCCCUCUGAUAGUUAAGACUCUGACAUGUAUGAAAAGACACCAGCUGUGGCUACUUGGACCAAACCCUCUGUUUAUGUAAAAUCUUUGUAAUUCUAGUUCAUGCACCUGAGACUCGUCUGGUUUCCCUGCAAACUUUCUCCAGGAGCGUUACUGCAUACUGCGACUAUAAUAGUACAAAAAGACAUUUUAAUUUUUUUUACUUAAUAGCAAACUAGUAGCUUUUAAAAAUGUAAUGAAGCUUUUGCCAACAUUAAAGAAAUGAUUCAGUCAUGAAUUUACUUUAAACACCUCAGAUGAACUUCUGAACUUAUCGCAGUGAUCUGCUGUAAAGUUUUAUUUCCAAAGUGUAUGGUGAAUUUAAAAAGUGAUGCUAAACGUAUCAAACAAAGCCUUAGUAAAAGAAUUUUAAAAUACUUGAAUAUGAAUGAGCCAAAUUCUUUAUUUUACAUUUGCUAUUCACUUAAACCCCCCCCCCCCGUUAUCUCUAACUCGUCUUGUUUUUAUUCCCUGUGCAUAGAUAUAUGCUUACAAAUUGUUAUCUACUGUUACUAUAAAAGUCAUAGGAAGAUUUAUAUUCACAUAUCAUUGACAAAGUAACCUUCUGUGUAAAAUGUCUCCUUUUUCAUGAAUAAAUAUUCCUUUUAGGCUGUAAACAAACUUUAGGUAAAGGAGAUAUAAUCUAUGAAAAAGUCAUAAUGCGUGUCCCUGAAUGGAAUAAAGUCUGUGUGACCUGUGUCAGAGGAAGCAGAACAUGCACUUUAUAUUAUUUAUUUAAAUGAAAGUAAUUUACUGCACCAUAUGUGUCUUAUUACUAAAGUGUGUACUAUUUGCUGAUGCAUGACUGCAGUUGUGUGUUAUAACACACACACACACACACACACACACACACACACACACACACACACACACACACACACACACACACACACACACACGCACGCACGCACGCACGCACGCACGCACGCACACACACACACACACACACACACACACAUAUUCUUAAUCUGUACUGUAGGGUAAAACUGGCUUAUUGCUUUAGAUUCAUGAUACAUUUAGUUUCCUUAUUAAAAACAAGUUUAUUUUUGGAUUACCUUCUGUGAAGGUCCAGUCACAAAAAAAAAACACACACACACACACACAACCUACCUGCCAUUCACGUGGUUUGAUUUGAUGAUGAAUGUGUAGAUGACUGUUGGAAUCAUGAGUGAUAGUGACUAGAAGUUGUCCUCACUGAGUGGUAGAAAUCCAGCAUGUAUUUGUGUGUGCACACCAAUAAAACAUAAACUGUCUUAAAUCA